UCGUAUAUUAAUAUAUAUAUAUAUAUAUAUAUUUUAAUUCCCUCUUGACAAAUUAAAAUUAAAUCCACAAAAUACAAUAUACAAUAUAAUGAUACAUGUUCCUGUAAUCCAAAAUCACGACAGGGAAUCAGAUCAAUCAGUUUGUAAACAAACGUAAAGGUUAGGAUCCGCCUAAUAAAUGUCAAAAAUGAAUACUCGUGAAAUUGUAAAUUUAACUGAAACAUGCAGAGCAUGUUUAAUAAAAAGGCCUGUAAUGAAAAAUUUAUUUUAUGUUGCGGAAGAAAACGUAAACUUGUUAGAAAAAUUAUGCAACAUUAACACAUUUGAAAUUUCCUUAAACGAUAAUUUGCCUUGUUACUUAUGUAACUCAUGCGAAAUAAAACUGGAAAUUGCUUAUGAAUUCAAGCAACAAUGCGAGAAAUCAGAUCACUUAAUCCAACAUUGUUUGGCAACUAACAAUCCAAUAGAAGUUGAUCUCGAACCAACUAAGUUACAAUUUGAAACGUCUUUGUCUGAAAUAACUGUGGAGCCGUCCGAAAUAAUUGACGCCACCGAAAUCACCGAGAUAAUCGAAACAGCCGACGUCGCAGAUGAGCCGGGCCUGAAAAAAAUCAGAAAGUUCCCCAAAGAUGACGUUUUAAAAGCAAUCAAAGAAACUCGUGAGGAAUUUACGCAACCCCGUCGCUGUAUCCUGUGUGAAUUCAUUGGAGCAAACCGCAAAAAUUUAAGUGUUCACAUGUCCAAUCAACAUCCAGACGCCAAGCAGAUCUGGUGCUAUUUUUGCAAUGAACAAUUUGAGGACCUUCCACAACACAAUGCAGAUCUGCACAAUGGUAAAAAGUGCAAGUUUUGCGACAAGAAAUUCAAAGAAACCAGUCAUCUAAUUGACCACCUGUAUUAUCACUCAGAUGUAAGGCAAUACAAGUGUUCAGUGUGCUUGCAACCUUUCGCCUCAGCCAGCACGUUGAGGCACCACGAGAAUACGCACGCAGAAAAACUAUACGAGUGCCCCGAUUGUCCGGAGGUGUUCAGACGCAAAGUGCAUUUAAAAAUGCAUUCCAUGGCACAUAGUUUUAACUGUGUGCACUGUAAGAAGGAUUUUCCUGACAAGAAAAUGUAUGAGGAGCACAAAUGUGCCAAAGGUGCGCCUGUCACCCAUGAAGAAGACACUGACUUGCAAGAUCUGGAUGAGGUUGAUCUCAUUAACAUGGAAACAAAUAUAGAAGUAUGUAAAAAAUGCAACAUUCCCGUCGAUAAUCUUCCCAUUCACACCUUGCAGUGUCACGAAAAUGAAACGAAAAACAAUCACUUACAAAUGAAGUGCAAUAAAUGCAACAAACUGGUGAAGAAUAUGAAUAAGCAUGAGCAGAAAUAUCAUACAGGACAAUUGCUGGUUAAAAAACACUUGUGCACGUAUUGCGUCAAAAGAUUCAGAACGGCUGGAAGACUGACGGUACACACAAGAACCCACACAGGGUUUUGCCCUUACAAGUGCCAGCAUUGCGACAAGGCGUUCAGCACUCUAUCUCAUCGGAAAACACACGAACGCACGCACACUGGAGAAAAACCGCACGUCUGUAACAUAUGUCACAAGGGCUUUGCACAACAAAGCGUACUAGCCACCCACAUGCGCAUCCACACCGGACGUCCAGAACAAUGUCCGAUGUGUCCACAAAAAUUCUGCAGACCGUCCGAAUUGAAGGUGCACAUGCGCAGACACACAGGGGAGAGACCGUUCAAAUGCGACCAAUGCGACAUGGCCUUUGUGUCGGUCAGUAAUUUGUCCGACCAUCGGAAAAGCCAUUCGGACGUUCGGGCGUUUCAAUGCAGGUUCUGCGACAAGAGUUUCAAAAAAAACUCCACACUAAAAGGACAUUUAAAGGUCCACUCAGCUGACAAGCCGUACAAGUGUGAACAUUGUUCCUUUGCGUGUCGUAACAAGUACGGCAUUACAUUGCACAUGUUUAAUAUACAUGGAGAAGGGAAGUACAAGUGUGAGUUUUGUACUGUGCAGUUUUGUAAGAACGAAGAUCUACAAAUGCAUUUGGAGUCUCAGCACAAAAGUCAAGUGUGUAUGGACGACACAUCUACUGUCACUUUACAUUUUUAGUGUGGUCUUUGUUGUUAUUUUUCUGUUGAACUGUUUAUUACGUCUGUGAUUUUAAUAAAUGUUUUAUCUCUA